AUGCUCUCCGAAGCCUUCCCUCACGUACCACGACAAGAUAUUAUACAACUCGUGCAAGACUACCUACUGUGGGGGAAACUGUCUCACGGCGCUCAUACUGAUACGGAAUCUAUUACUGAUUUGGUAACACGCAUUUUGUUCCGAACUUGGACUACACAAGAUGGUCAAUGUGCAGAGCACCUUGGGAACGAGGCCGCGUAUCAGACGGGGAAUCACAUGGGGAAUCAAAGGAGGACCAAGAGUCAGGAAUUAGUGAGUCAGGAAUUAGUGAAUCAGGAAACCGAGAAUCCGGAGGAAAGGGGGAAUGAGGAGCUUGAGGAGGUGCUGGAGGGAGUCAGGUGUAGAUUGAUGCAGAUGCAUUCCAGUCGUAAAAAUGUGUCGGCACGUGAGGGUAUAUCAGAGGAAGAAGUCUGCAACCAUGAUUGGGAGUUUUUGCAUUGUUGUAGACAGUACCUGGAUUGCCAUCUGAAAAUAGUUUUUGAGGACGAACGCUUUGUGGCUGUUAACAAGCCAUGGGAUUAUAGGAUCGACUUAAGGACAGGGGAUGCGCCUAACUACAUAGGGGAACCUACCUUGGCAGCUUGGUUCCAAAAUCGAUAUGGUUACCCAGUGAGAUUCUGUCAUCAACUAGAUUACGCAACGUCAGGAAUUCUAUUAAUGGCCAAAGACCGGAAAAGCUGUGGCGCUGUUGGUAAGAAAUUUGUAGCGAGACAAGUAGAAAAAUUAUACAGUGCUAUUCUACUCGGUGAGCCUGAUAUUACUCGGGUCAGUCAACCAGCGGAAGAAGAUGCUCAACUGCCAGAUGGUAACAGUGUUUUACUUUCCUCCUCAGGGUGGCAGAGGGUUGAAUUUGAUUUAAAGGAGGACGGGUAUCGUAUGGUUCUCUGUGGCGACCGAAAAGAAAGUGGCGCAAAAGAUGACGUAAAGAGCGAUGACUGUAAGGGACAAGAUGAUGACUGUAAGGGACAAGAUGAUGACUGUAAGGGACAAGAUGAUGACUGUAAGGGACAAGGUGAGAGCGGGGCCAAAAAAGGGGUUAGCCAUGCUUGCACUUAUAUGAAGAUGAUUCGACGGGGCAAGCUAACUGGUGAAUGGUUUGAAAACGAUCGCGGUAAAACCGUGACUCAUGUUUACUUCAGACCAAAGACCGGAAGACGCCACCAGCUGAGAAUGACCGCCUGGCUUCUUGGUGCACCCAUCUUGGGAGAUAUGGUCUAUGGAAAUAGGAUAUACCAACAAGCCCCUACCGGCCAACCGCUUUAUUCAGAGAUGAUGCGGACCCAUGCAAGAUCAUACCGAAUGUACCUUCACGCCAAAUCGUUGAGCAUGAAGCUGCCAUGGUACGAGUUGAAACUCAACACCGAUAUCGACCCGUUACUGAACGACGGAGCAAUUCAAUGGGAUUAA